AUGUUCGAAAAAGCGUUAAAGUUUUAAGUAUCCAAAAAAGGAGAUAAAAUGAAAAAUUUACAAUCGUAGCUGCCAACAAUCAACAUCAACAAUUCUGAAAAAUAUAAUGAUUCAACAAUAAUGGCUGAUUAUUAAUCAUUAGGAAAUAGACAAUAUUAUUAUAGUAGUUAGAAAAGAAAUUAGAUAAAAUCUAUUCGAAGAUCGAGAGGAGUAGGUUAUACACAGUUGAUUGACAAUUAUAAGAAUGCCAGUCGACAAAGUCAAGAGAAUCCAUUUUCAGAGGAAUUCUUAAUAAAACCAUUUUAAAAUAAUAGAAAUAAGGAACAACUUACAGAGAGAUAGCCAAUAAUGACAAUGGAUUACUAAUUGCAUAAGUAUAAUACUAUAGAAGGCACAACGAAGAGUAUAAAGUAUAGGUCUUAGACUCAAAAGGUGGAGCAAAUAGAGGCACACAUGAAAAUUUCUCCUUAUAUACAUUAAAAUAAAAGAUUUUAAUGCAUUGAUUAUUUCUACAUCAUUUGA